GUUUCAUACCACCCAUCGUGCCCAUAACUGGAUACAGGCUCACGGGUAGGAGAAUCUAGUCUUUUGCUUUCAUGUUCUGCGUCCUUUACGUGGCGAUUGCGUUGUCAGAGCUGCCACAGGGGCUCGGAAGGGCUGCGAUUAGCCAGCCGCCUUUUUCCGACACAGCUUCGGAAGUGUCUCGAGAAGCGUGUUGUUGACCCGAUCUCUACCUUGAUGGUCUCCACGUGUAGGAAGUUCGAACCAUACAUAACGUGUAGGUCCGCAGGUAAGCAAUGAAUAUCUUAUCACCUUCUACAACAUUGAAGUAGCUUUCAUCAUGCCUCACGCCGACAACCAGCUCCCCACACACUUCCAGCUCAACACUGGCGCCAAGAUCCCUGCCGUCGGCUUCGGAACAUGGCAAGCUGCACCUAAAGAGGUCGAGAGUGCAGUCGAAUGUGCUCUGAAGGAAGGGUACAGACACAUCGACUGUGCAGCCAUCUACCGCAACGAGACCGAGGUCGGCGAGGGUAUUCGCAAGUCCGGCGUACCCAGAGAAGAUAUCUUCAUUACCGGAAAGCUCUGGAAUACCAAGCAUGCCCCUGAGGAUGUGGAGUCUGCUUUGGACAAGACUUUGAAGGACCUUGGUACCGACUACGUGGAUCUAUAUCUGAUGCAUUGGCCUUGUGCUUUCGCAUCAGGAGACAAGUUCUUCCCCUUGGACUCUGAGGGUGUCUUCAAGCUCGCAGACAUCGACUAUGUAGCCACCUACAAAGCCAUGGAGAAGUUGCUUUCCACAGGCAAAGCCCGUGCCAUAGGUGUUUCCAACUUUAACAUUCGCCGCCUCGAAGACCUACUCUCCAGAACUGAUGUGGUCCCUGCUUGCAAUCAAGUAGAAGCACACCCUUACCUUACUCAACCCGACCUCCUCGAGUUCUGUAACAAGCACAACAUCAUCCUGGAAGCAUACUCACCGCUCGGAAACAACCAGACAGGCGAGCCACGCACGGUCGACGACCCCCUCGUUCACGAAGUCGCAAAAUCACUCGACAUGGACCCUGGUGUUGUACUUGGAAGCUGGGGUGUGCAGAGAGGUCAUGUUGUGCUUCCCAAGAGUGUUACACCUUCGCGCAUCGCAUCGAAUCUGCAGGUCAAGAAGUUGCCUCAGGAGGCAUUUGAGAAGUUGACUUCGCUGGCAAGACAUAAGCGCUUCAACUUCCCUGCUAGAUGGGGAUAUGAUAUCUUUGAUGAAGCUGGCCAGGAUUCUGUUACCAAAGCUGCAAGGGCUGCUGGAGAAGAGAACAAGACCAAGUUUACUGUAUAGACUCGCGAAACAUACAUCUACAAUUACGUCACAUCAUUGUUGAACACAUGGCUUUCCACUCUCGCGUAGAUUGCUAUGUAGUGG